GUCUGAUCCAACGGGACUUUAUUCUUCCGAACCGGAGCGAACCCCGGAUUUCCCUUGUGUUUGUACUGGGCCCCGCCAUGGAGUCGGAGGGCAAGAUGACGGCGAGGUUGAUGCUGGCUGUUUGCACGGCUGUGAUUGGUUCCUUACAGUUUGGCUACAACACCGGGGUGAUCAAUGCGCCGCAAGAGGUGAUCGAGGGCUUCUACAAUGCCACGUGGCUGGAGCGGUACAACGAGCCCAUCCCAGAGUCCACCCUCACCUCCCUGUGGUCCCUGUCCGUGGCCAUCUUCUCUGUGGGCGGGAUGGUCGGCUCCUUCUCCGUGGGGCUGUUUGUCAACCGAUUCGGCAGGCGCAACUCCAUGCUGAUGGCCAACGUCCUGGCCUUCCUAGCCGCCAUUUUGAUGGGAUUCUCCAAGCUUGCAGUCUCCUUCGAGAUGCUGAUCAUUGGCCGGUUUGUGGUUGGACUCUACUGUGGCCUCACCACCGGUUUCGUGCCAAUGUACGUCGGAGAAGUGUCCCCCACAUCGCUGCGAGGAGCCCUGGGGACCCUGCACCAGUUGGGCGUGGUGGUUGGAAUCCUUAUUGCCCAGAUCUUCGGGCUGAAGCCAAUCAUGGGCAACGACUCCCUGUGGCCCUUCCUAUUGGGCUGCAUAUUCAUCCCGGCCAUAUUGCAGUGCAUCAUGCUGCCCUUCUGCCCCGAAAGCCCUCGUUUCCUGCUCAUUAAUCGCAACGAGGAAGACAAAGCCAAGAGCGUGCUGAAGAAGCUCCGCGGCACCACCGACGUGAGCAGUGACCUGCAGGAGAUGAAGGAGGAGAGUCGGCAGAUGAUGCGGGAGAAGAAAGUCACCAUCUUGGAACUGUUCCGCUCCCCGCUCUAUCGCCAACCCAUGUUCAUCGCCAUCAUCCUGCAACUGUCCCAGCAGCUCUCUGGGAUCAACGCGGUCUUUUACUACUCCACCAUGAUCUUCCAAAAGGCCCAAGUGGAGCAGCCGGUGUACGCCACCAUUGGCGCGGGGAUUGUGAAUACGGCCUUCACCGUCGUGUCGCUGUUUGUAGUGGAACGGGCCGGCCGGCGAACCCUUCACCUCAUUGGACUGGGCGGAAUGGCGGUUUGUGCCAUCCUGAUGACCAUCGCGUUGGCCCUGCUGGACAGCGUCGGUGGCAUGUCCUAUCUCAGCAUUGUGGCCAUCUUUGGCUUCGUGGCCUUCUUUGAAAUUGGCCCGGGGCCCAUCCCAUGGUUCAUUGUAGCAGAACUCUUCAGCCAGGGCCCCAGACCCGCGGCCAUCGCAGUCGCCGGCCUUUCCAACUGGACUUCCAACUUUAUAGUGGGAAUGGGCUUCCAAUAUGUAGAGCAACUGUGCGGCGCCUACGUCUUCAUCAUCUUCACCGUCCUCCUCCUCAUCUUCUUCGUCUUCACCUACUUCAAGGUGCCGGAGACCAAGGGGCGCACCUUCGACGAGAUCGCCUCCGAGUUCCGCCAGGGCGAGGGCCAGAUGGUCAAACAGGCGGAGGAGCUGAACAGUUUGGGGCACAACGCCGACGACUCCCAAGUGUAACAUUUCUACCCCCCCCCCCGGCACCUACCUCCUGUUGUUACCCCCCUCGUCCCCCCCUUCAGUCGUUACUUGCCCCCAGGCCCGCGGUUGGUCGGCCGCCGUUUCCCGGAGGAGUCUGGGAGUUAGCGAGAGGGGGCAGGGAGUUUAUUUGGAUGUAUUUGCCCCUCCGGCCACACGGCCCGACCAGCCACAAACAUUAACUCACUAAUUUCAUUUCCACGUGUGGCCGACAUGAAGGAAAGAGAAGGCGGAACCAUAGAGCUCUAUAUAUAAUGCUAGAUGGCUUCGUUAUUUUAAUGGAUUAUUUUUUUAAUUAGUGUGAGCUUUUCACGUAAGGAAGAUUUUAUCCCGGGAUUCUGGGCAGUGGGGGGGGGGGCGACCCCCCCGAUCACCUUGGACUCUGUUUACAUAACGUAGUAUUUUUUUAUGGUUUAGUUUUCCUUUAAUAUUUUUUGAGAAAGUGUAAUGGCACCAAAAGGCUCGUUUGGACCCGAUAUAUAUACUGUAUUGUGUGUGUGGGCCCCGGGGGGGGGGGACCCUAAUUAGCGGUCCCUGACACUGGGUCACAUGGGAUUGGGGGGGGUAUCUCCUCUGGCAAGAUGUGGGGAUCGGUCCUGGGGCAGCUAGAACCGAGGGGGCUCUAGAACGGAGCUGUUAUCGAGGGACAGAUUCGGUUCAACUGAUGAUGUUCUAGAAACAGACUGGGGGGGCAAUGAAAACCUGUUAGGGGGCCCCCAGAUGGACAACUCCAGACGUUUCCCAGCACCGGCACUUUACUCAGGCGGUGGGCACUGUGGCAGCUGAUACCCCCACUUGUGGGCAUUAUGUGACCCCAAUGAGACCCCUAAAACAGUAGAACGAGGGGACGUGGUCCCUAGUGGUGACCCUGGGUACUGCAUCAUUUCCAAUAGACAGGGUGCCGGGGGGGCUUGAUCCCCACUUCCUGCCAGAGACCCCCCCCCCCCGAAUCCCAUCUCGCUCGCACUCACCCAGGGAUGUUCCCAUAGAGGAGACAGGGUGGUUACUAGGUUACGGGGGGGCUCUUGUACAAGGUUGGGGGGGGGGGGGGCGUUUUGCUGUAGAACUUGACAUUCCGCAUGUUUUUGAUAUUUGCAGCUGCUGUUUUGUUAGGGGGGGUGCAGAGAGACCCUGGGGGGGUUUAUAAAUCAGAAGCAGGGUGUUAGAAUCCUAGGGGCCCCCCUAGGGGGGAAAUGACAAACUGCAGUUAAACUGUGGGUGGGGCUUCACUUACUGAGCAAGUGACCUAUAAUAAUAACUGCCCCCCCCAGGCCCAGUCUCUAUAGGUCGUUUCCAUGGUAGGGGACAAUGUGGCAGUAAAUGCUAGACCCAGGAGCUGGCACUUAGACUGGCAGUCAGUGUGAGCCCCCCUGCACCCCCUUCUAUGGAGCCAGUGUAGCAAUUGGGUUAUGGAUCAUACACUACAUGGGGCCCCCCCGGCCCCCCCUUGUACAGCCCCAGAGCUAUUUAUAUAUAUUUAUAGGUAUAAGUAUAUAUAUAUUUUUGUCGGAUGGCGGUUCUGAUGAUACCGGAGCAAUGACGAUAACGUACUGUAAAUAUUUAUUUUAGUCACAUGGUUUGUUUUUUUGCACAAUAGGUCAAAGCUGAUAGGUCAGUUUUUAUCAAUGAUGAGAAAUGAAAUCUGCGCUGUUAUUAUUAUUCCCGCCCUAUUGGCUGUAUUUGUGGCGCCCGGGGCCCCAACGUUACUGUUCAUUAUUCCUGGGGCCCCGGUGUAGUUGCCCUUUAUCCAGCAUAUAAUGGGGGGAAUAAUAAUUUAUAUUGAGGCUCCACCCAGAGACUGAUCAUUGGCCGCACAGAACGUUCCCUAUAUGAGUAUUGUGUUUCUAUGGAUACGUGGGAGCUGCCAUGUUGCUGACACGGCCAUUGUUCAUAGACUAAAGCUACACCUAUCCUUAACACUAGGUGGCGCUGUUCUGCCUAUGAGGAAUGGCUGAGGCUCGUGGUAUUGCAGCUCUCACUAAUAAGUAUAAAAUACACAGUGAUCCUCCUGUUGGACAAGAGACGAGGACUAUUUCCCCUUUAACUCAAGGGAUUGUGGGAAAUGUGGAUUUUGCUAUGAAGCCCCCGUGUCGGUGUGUGUUUGUACCGGGUAAUCGCCGCUCAUUAUCCUCACACUCGUUACUGUUGUUCUAGAGAGUUUGUUUUUUUAUUUAUUGUGAGAUUUUGUCUCGAAUUAAAAAUUGAUGAA